AUGGUCAAACACCACACCUUGGGAGGUGAUCAGUGUGUUACUUUAGCUAAGGGCUAUGUUUCCACCAAAUGGCGGUGCCUUGGCUCAGCUAAGGGCUAUGAUUCCAUCAAACGGCGCGACCGGGCGGUCCUCCGCCCCCGGACCGCCCCCGGACAUCCCCCGCCCUAUGCCCCGCCCCCGGGCCCGUCCCCUCCCGAUCAAACCCUAGGUUCUCCGCGGGCCGGUGAGAACGGCAGGGUGACGCGGAGCGGAGCGGAGCGGAUUUGGAUGGCCCGGGGACAGGGGACCGAGUGUGGGCAGAUGGCGGGGGGCGGCCAGGGCCCGCCCGGGGACAGGCUGCCCUUGUCGGUGGAGGAGUCCGGGCCCGGGGGGCCGGAGGGGGCCUCGUCGGUGCAGAUGAUCCCGGACGGGGCGGGAUCCCCCGGAAAGGCCCCCCCCGGGCCGCCGGACAAGCGGUGGCCGCUCCCGGAGCACCGGGCCCCGCACGGGCCUGACCGCCAACAGGACCGUUGGGAGGCCGCGCUGCGAGACAAGAAGACACGGCUCGUCCUGAUCGGGAUCGGGAUUUUGUUCCUGACCAUCAUCUUGACUUCGCCGUUACUGAGAAAUCAUGCCCUCGCCCCAUCUCCAGCUUUUUGCCCUGAUGGCUGGACACCUUUCCGGCAAAGCUGCUACUUCUUCUACGCUGAUGGAAGAACUUGGGAUGUGAGCACCGGUUUGUGCUAUGUGAAUGGCUCCUUCUUGGUUGUGCUUGAAGACCUGCAGGAGCUGGAGUUUAUUAGGAAGCACACAAAAGGAGAGCUCUGGAUUGGGCUUCGUCGAAGAAGAGAGGACCUGUAUUGGGUCAACGGGACAAAACUGGAUCCAACGGUGUUCCCGGUGGCAGGCUCGGGAGAGUGCGCCUACACCGAUCCUGCUGUGUUCUCCACCUCCUCCUGCUCAUUGACCCGUUCAUUCAUCUGCAAGAGGGCCAAGGCCAGGUGAUGUGAGUGGCUGCAGACCUGGCUCUGAGCCCUGACCACGCUGUUAAGUUAUUAGAAGUUGUUAAGUUAUUGGAGAAGCAGUGUAGCUCAGUGGAAAGAGCCCGGGCUUGGGAGUCAGAGGCCAUGGGUUCUAAUCCCGG